CGCAGUCCUCCGCUUCCCAAUGCUGGGAUUUACAGGCAUAAACCACUAAGGGCGGUUAUGAUGACCUUGAGCUGCAAGUCUUCCUGCCUCUGCCUCCCAGCUCCACCCCAUAAUGGAUGCUCGGCUAGUUGCUUUUGCGAGGCCUUUGUCUGAAGGAUGCAAAAUCUACGGAUGCUAGCGAGGGGGGGAAGGGGGGAGAGAUUACCUCAUACCAUGUCGCUUGCACCAAUCACCACUCUCCUGUCGCGGCUUCUCUGGGCAGACGGAGGGGUCUGGACCAACAGGAAAAGGCCUUGGCCCAUCCCCAUGGUGACCGAGCUGUAUAUAAGGAGGCGCAUCCGCCCAAGUGCCGCAGGUUCUCUUACAUCGACCGCUUAAGAGUCGCGCUGUAAGAAGCAACACCUCCUCCUCGCCUCCGCCAUCCACCCGGCAGCCGCGAAGCAGCAACCAUGCGUGAGUGUAUCUCCAUCCACGUCGGCCAGGCUGGUGUCCAGAUCGGCAAUGCCUGCUGGGAGCUCUACUGCCUGGAACAUGGCAUCCAGCCUGAUGGCCAGAUGCCAAGCGACAAGACCAUUGGGGGAGGAGAUGACUCCUUCAACACCUUCUUCAGUGAGACAGGAGCUGGCAAGCACGUGCCCCGGGCGGUGUUCGUAGACCUGGAACCCACAGUUAUUGAUGAAGUUCGCACUGGCACCUACCGCCAGCUCUUCCACCCAGAGCAGCUCAUCACAGGCAAGGAAGAUGCUGCCAAUAACUAUGCCCGUGGCCACUACACCAUUGGCAAGGAGAUCAUUGACCUUGUCUUGGACAGAAUUCGCAAGCUGGCUGACCAGUGCACGGGUCUCCAGGGCUUCUUGGUUUUCCACAGCUUUGGUGGGGGAACUGGCUCUGGGUUCACCUCCCUGCUGAUGGAGCGGCUCUCUGUCGACUACGGAAAGAAGUCCAAGCUGGAGUUCUCCAUUUACCCAGCCCCCCAGGUUUCCACUGCUGUGGUUGAGCCCUACAAUUCCAUCCUCACCACCCACACCACCCUGGAGCACUCUGAUUGUGCCUUCAUGGUAGACAAUGAGGCCAUCUAUGACAUCUGUCGUAGAAACCUCGACAUUGAGCGCCCAACCUACACUAACUUAAACAGGUUGAUAGGUCAAAUUGUGUCUUCCAUCACUGCUUCCCUCAGAUUUGAUGGGGCCCUGAAUGUUGAUCUGACAGAAUUCCAGACCAACCUGGUGCCCUACCCUCGCAUCCACUUCCCUCUGGCCACUUAUGCCCCUGUCAUCUCUGCUGAGAAAGCCUACCAUGAACAGCUUUCUGUAGCAGAGAUCACCAAUGCCUGCUUUGAGCCAGCCAACCAGAUGGUGAAAUGUGACCCUCGCCAUGGUAAAUACAUGGCUUGCUGCCUGCUGUACCGUGGUGAUGUGGUCCCCAAAGAUGUCAAUGCUGCCAUUGCCACCAUCAAGACCAAGCGUACCAUCCAGUUUGUGGACUGGUGCCCCACUGGCUUCAAGGUUGGCAUUAAUUACCAGCCUCCCACUGUGGUCCCUGGUGGCGACCUGGCCAAGGUCCAGAGAGCUGUGUGUAUGCUGAGCAACACCACAGCCAUUGCUGAGGCCUGGGCUCGCCUGGAUCACAAGUUUGAUCUGAUGUAUGCCAAGCGUGCCUUUGUGCACUGGUACGUGGGUGAGGGCAUGGAGGAGGGAGAGUUCUCUGAGGCCCGUGAGGACAUGGCUGCCCUAGAGAAGGAUUAUGAGGAGGUUGGUGUGGAUUCUGUGGAGGGUGAGGGUGAGGAAGAAGGAGAGGAAUACUAAAUUAAAUGUCACAAGGUGCUGCUUUCACAGGGAUGUUUAUUCUGGUCCAACAUAGAAAGUUGUGGGCUGAUCAGUUAAUUUGUAUGUGGCAAUGUGUGCUUUCAUACAGUUACUGACUUUAAGUGUGAAUGAUUUGUCAGAGACCCGAGCCGUCCACUUCACUGAUGGGUUUUAAAUAAAAUACUCCCUGUCUUAAA